GAUCUUACUAAUCGAACAGAAACUGACCACGAAUCGCGAAUGAUGGGUCAUCUACGUGAAGUUGGUUACUUCCACGAUUCAAGAAGACCAACUAAUGAUGAAAUGCGUAUAGUAAAAUAUAACAAUGCUCUUUAUAUUGACCCUAGUAAAAGUGAAACAGUGGUUACUAAUAUUGAUGAGAACCCAAAAGCAACUAUUCAAAAACUUGUUAAGAGUCCAAGAUCAAUGAUUAUAUUUCCAGAAGGAAAUAAUGCUACUGAUAUUUAG